AUCACUCUUCUCUUUUGCCUUUAAUUCGAUCACCUACAUCCUGAGGUAAAAAGGGGGACCUAAGUAAGGAAGAAGGGGGCAUAUGUUUUUUUUUUCUGUCCUUAAUUUCCCCCUAUUUCUCUCUCUCUGAUCAUAGAGACAGUCACGCUCAUAAUGUACAUAUAGAUGCAGCAGAGAAACUCUUUCUCUCUCUCAAAUUAUUAUAACAAGCCCAUUUUGUGUGUUUUGAUUUUAGAGAUUUAGGAGCUGGAUUUUGGAAUCACCACUCCCUUCCACACCAUGUGUGUUUCUGUCACAAAUAUUGUUAUUUUGUUGUAACUUGAAACCAAUUUCCCAAGAAGAAAAGUUCAAACCAUUUUCAUCAUGUGUUGGUCUUCAAUUCAUCAUUCUAUUCACUAGCCAUUGCAAUGAUUCCAAGUUCCAACCAUGACAAGAGUAUUGGAUCCCACUUCACCCAUGCUCAAUAACUGCUAAAUUCUAUGACUAUGUCAAUGAGUAACCCAAGAAAUUUUAACAAUAUAGAAAGCAAGAAAUCAUAGAGAAACUCAAAGAAUGGUUAUUUUUGGUGUUUGGUUACUGGGAUGAUUUCACGUGAGAGUUCUGCCACUGUGUCCGUGAGUUUUGCAAAACCCGAAUGAACAGUUUCGAGAAACCAACAUUAACCAAACCACUUUAACCACAGUAAGUGUCUCCAUUUUCAUGGACUCAUUGCCUCACAUACACUUCCAUGCCAAUAAUGUUCUGCUCAAUGAAUCAAAAUGUGAAGAAGCAACUACCAAUUGUAGAUCUCAAGAGUUAAGUAGGUGAAUCAAAUCAACCCCUACCCAACCACAUGCAUUAAACAAUUUCGAUAUCUUCCACACAAAUUAACAAUAGCUUAUUGUUAACAAAAACCAAAUUAGCUUAAACAUACACCUAAUUACUAGCUACUACUAGUACUAUACUAGCUCUGGUGUUGUUGGGUCCAUUUUGUUGUUCAUCCUAAAAUGGAGAAACUCUCAUUCUCUUCUUUGUUUUCCAUCACAUUUUUACUAUGUCUGAUCUUGUCUCUUCAACCAUCAAGAUCACAAAAAGACGAUUCACAACCACUUCUCGCACUCAAAUCCUCCGUAGAUAUUCACAACAAACUGCCAUGGCCAGAGAAGAAGAACGAUGAUGUUUGCACUUGGGUGGGAGUUAAAGAUUGUUACAAAGGCAAAGUUAGAAAGCUAGUACUCGAAUAUUUCAACUUAACUGGGAAAUUAGAUUCAAACAUUUUAAACCGUUUGGAUCAACUUCGAGUUCUUAGUUUCAAAGGAAACUCGCUUUCGGGUCAAAUUCCUAAUCUUUCAAAUCUUGUUAAUCUCAAAUCUCUAUAUCUUAAUGAUAAUGAUUUCUCCGGUCAGUUUCCGGUUUCUGUUUCCGUUCUUCACCGUGUUAAAGUUAUUGUUCUGUCUGGUAAUAGAAUCUCCGGCGAGAUUCCGGCGUCGUUGGUUAAGGUUCCGCGGUUGUAUGUUCUCUACUUGCAAGAUAAUUUGUUCACCGGUUCGGUUCCUCGUUUUAAUCAAACUGGUUUGAAGUACUUGAAUGUGUCGAAUAAUAAACUCUCCGGCGAGAUUCCGGUCACGGCGGCGUUGAACCGGUUCAAUGCGUCGUCGUUUUCAGGAAACUUAGAGUUAUGUGGAGAACAGAUCCACCGAAAAUGUAAAAGCAGCACAGUGUUACCGCCGUUGGCGCCGUCGCCGUCGGUGAGUCCCAUUGGAGGGAACGGGAAAACGACGUCGUCAAAAUCAAACCGUACGAAGUUGAUUAAGAUAAUUGGAGGGAGUGUUGGUGGAUUAGUGUUGUUAAUAUGCUUAAUUAUAAUCAUGUGGUUAAUUUGCAAGAACCGUAGGAAAAGGGUGGGAUCCUCUGCAGCAAGGAGAGGGAAGAGUAGUGUUGACGUGGCGGAAGGAGAGAAUGUGGUUGGUGGAGAAGGAGAGGGUAGAGGAAGUAAUUAUGAAGCAAAACAAGGUGGAUUUGCUUGGGAGAGUGAGGGUAUAGGGAAACUGGUGUUCUGUGGAGCAGGGGAUAGGGAAAUGGGGUAUAGUUUAGAGGAUUUAUUGAAGGCUUCAGCUGAGACAUUAGGGAGGGGUAUUAUGGGAAGUACGUAUAAAGCAGUGAUGGAAUCAGGUUUUAUUGUUACUGUGAAAAGGUUGAAAGAUGCUAGGUACCCUGGUUUAGAGGAGUUUAGGGCACAUAUAGAUUUACUUGGUAAGCUAAGACAUCCUAAUUUGGUCCCACUUAGGGCUUACUUUCAAGCUAAAGAAGAACGUCUUCUUGUUUAUGACUACUUUCCUAAUGGCAGCCUCUUCUCUCUUGUUCAUGGAACCAAAACAUCUAGCGGAGGAAAGCCUCUUCACUGGACAUCAUGUCUUAAAAUUGCAGAAGAUCUAGCAACAGGCCUUCUCUAUAUCCACCAAAACCCCGGCAUGGCUCAUGGAAAUCUGAAAUCUUCCAAUGUGUUACUUGGUGCCGACUUUGAGUCCUGUCUCACUGAUUAUGGUCUCACUGUGUUCCUUAAUCCCGACACAAUGGAGGAACCAAGUGCCACUUCUUUUUUCUAUAGAGCACCCGAGUGCCGCAGUUUUCAACGGCCACAAACUCAACCUGCCGAUGUAUACAGCUUUGGUGUCCUUCUCCUCGAGCUUUUGACUGGCAAAACACCCUACCAAGACCUUGUUCAGGCACAUGGUUCGGAUAUACCUAGAUGGGUUCGGUCGGUACGUGAAGAAGAGACCGAGUCUGGGGAUGAUCCUGCCUCAUCAGGCAAUGAAGCUUCUGAAGAGAAGCUUCAGGCUCUAUUGAACAUUGCAAUGGCAUGUGUUUCAGUAGUGCCAGAGAAUAGGCCUACAAUGAGAGAAGUUCUAAAGAUGAUAAGAGAUGCAAGAGGAGAAGCUCAUGUCUCAUCUAAUAACAGUAGUGAUCAUUCACCUGGUAGAUGGUCAGAUACAGUUCAAAGCUUGCCAAGGGAUGAACAUCUUAGCAUAUAAUUGGAAUUUUUUAUUUUUAAUGCAUUCUGAUUUUUCUUGAAUUGGUAAUUGAAUAUUGAUUUCGGACAUGCGUAGAUGAUAAUGCUGUAAAGACAUACAUUCUUAAUCUCUUGCUUUGUGAGUACAUGUUGGUUAGAGGUAAAUUAGUGGAUAUGGAUUCAUAUCAAAGAUUCAGCUUGCAAAAGACGUGGAGUGCAAUCCUUUCAGGUU